ACAGAAAAUAACAAGUGGGUUGUAGAAGUGGAGAAAUAGAAACUUAUUAUGCGAUCAAAAUUCCUCCAAAUUCAGUGCAACCUUAUCAGUUAAUUGCAGUGCAGUACCAGGAAGUCGUCACGGAAGCAUAGAGACACACAGAACACUGCAUAUGAACAUAAGACCAUGUCAGAAUGGCAGGGUUUGAAGAGGUUGAACAUAUGGAGGUUGCUAUGGACACCUCAGAUACACCAUGGUGUUGGUUUUAUUUGGCUGAGUGUGGCGUAUGGCAUAUGUUUGAGCUGGGUUCAAACUGCCAGUGUUCUGUGAGCAGUGAAGAAAUUGAAAGGAGUUACAGAAUGAAUGAACGAGGCAUGGCAUUCACUACUGCUAAAUAUAACUACAUGUUAGACUUUUCAGAGAUGAAACAAAUCAACUUGUCAACUGGAAAACAGCGUCCGAUCAAACGUGCUCCUUAUUGCAUAACAGCUUUCAGAUUGAUCAGCGAGGAUCAAGCCACGCCAGUUCCUCCAUAUUGGGAGACAGUUAAUACAGAGGAACCUUAUCAGUUAAUCUGUUUGCAGGAAGAUAGCAAUGAAUACAAGGAAGUGGCUAGACUUUUUAAAAACACAAUGCACGUCUGCAUUACAGCAAUCAAGAGAAUUCAAAACUUAGACUUAUGGGAAUUCUUCUGCAGGAAAAAGGCCCAGCUGAAAAGGAGAAACCAAGGUGCAGAAAUUGAAGAAAAAAUGCUGUUUCAUGGCACCAGUCAUGAGAACAUAGAAGCAAUUUGCACAAAUAACUUUGACUGUAGAUUAAACGGUGGCCACGGAACAGUGUUUGGAAAAGGAGCCUAUUUUGCAAGAGAUGCAGUGUACGCUGCAAAGUUCUGCAAAACAAGUGAAAACCAUGGACUAAUCCUGAAAAAACAUGAUGUUGCACCUAAUGUGUUUCAGGCUCAACCUCACUUUAAGUCACUGUUCCUCGUUCGGGUACUUGUGGGCAGUUACACACUUGGAAAGAGCCAUUACUGUAGACCUCCCUCGAAAGACAUGAGUUACGUGAACUUCUAUGACAGCUGUGUGGAUGAUAUUAACAAUCCAAAAAUUUUUGUGGUCUUUGAUAACAACCAGAUAUAUCCAGAAUACUUGAUAGAGUUUACCUAAUUGCAGAGUACUGUAUGUUGUUAUUCAUAGACUUAAAUUUACUGGGACUUUUAAAACAGUUUUCCCAACACUGGAAAACAUUUUUUUUUUUUUUUUUAAUGGAAAACAGAAUGGCCAAUAGACACAAUUAGAAUUUUGCUGAAGUUUAAUUUUCUAAAGGCAUAUAUGGAAUAGUUUCUUUAAAUUAAAUGUUUAAUAUUAUGAUUUUGUUAAGUGCUUCUGGAAUAUUUUAUUGAUGCAGCAAAUUAUUGAUUAGUUAUUCAUAUUAUUUAUUUGUACUUUGUAAUUUUUUUCACUAAUUUAGUGUGUGUUCAAGCAAGGAACUCAUUGGAACAAUAUUCCAACUCAGGUAAGUGCGUCGUCUUCCGACCCUAAGUUUGACUUUAAAUGAAUCAGUACCAGUAAAUCACAGAAUAUAAGGCUUUGGAAUUUGAUGAAAUGGUUAUGUACUGCGAUUAACCCAACGUCAUACGGUUGUCUUGUUUUUGUACAUAUAUUUCAAACCACCAAAAAUGGUGAAAAUUGUUUUUUUUUUUGUUUGUUUUUUAAAAUCAAAACCCAUGGGUUUUGCUUCUAACGCAGUCAGAAAUUGUACUGUUGACAGGCGCUGGCACAAAUCACACACUGUGACAACAAAAUUUACUUUUUACAAUUAUGUUAAAAACACGACUUCCAGAGAUUAGGGGGUGAACUAUGCAUCAACAACUGCUGCUGCAGAGUCACUUACAACAGGACCUCAGUUUUACAUCUCACCCA